CGCCAAGGCAGAAAAACCCCUGCACGGUAGCCCCCCGGUUGCUGCCGGUGGGUGGCUACCCGUAACGGCACUCCACUCCACUUCCAGCGCUCCUUCACCGCCGCCGCCUUUGUCCUCUUCUCGCCAUUCAGUCCGGUCUCGCCGCACGCCGAGAGAUCUCUCCUUCCCAGCAUCGACCCUGCACUGGGCUUCAGAGAUUGCCCGGAGUUGCAGGAUGGAGAGCAGCAGCGGGGAGGAGCUGGAGGAGGAGUUCCCGGGCCACGAGUGGAUCACUCCGCAGUCCUCCAUCAACGCGGCCUACCAGUCCCAGACCGAGAAGGGUAUCAGGAAAAUUUGUUCUGAGUUGUUGGAGUUGAAGGAUGCUAUUGAAAACUUGAGUGGAAAUAUGCAGUCAAAGUACCUGGCUUUUCUCAGAAUAUCUGAGGAGGUUGUUGAAGCAGAGCAAGAGUUAAUUGAGCUUCAAAAGCAUGUGUCUGCUCAAGGGAUUCUUGUGCAAGAUCUAAUGAGUGGUGUGUCCCGCGAGCUUGAUGUUUGGUUCAAAUCUAACAAGGAAGAAGAUGUGAAAGAAAAGGAUUUUCAGACUGAACUGGAUGAAAUUUUAUCUGAUGAUACCCAGGAUCCCAAAGCUAUUUUUCUGGAUAAGUUAGAUGCUUUGCUUGCAGAGCACAAAAUGGAGGAGGCAGUGCUUGCUCUGGAAGAUGAAGAGAAGAAAUAUUUGGUUGCAAAUGAAUCUAGCAAAGAAUCAAAUGCAGAGCUUUCUGCCUUUAAGACAGCACUGUUUAAAAGGAAAGCAAUUCUUGAGGAUCAACUUGUUAGGUGGUCUGAACAGCCAUCUUUACCUAUAGCUGAGCUAAGGAAGUCUUUGGCUGGUUUAGUUAAGAUAGGCAAAGGUUCUUUAGCCCAUCAAUUACUUCUAAAAGCUUACGGUUCGCGCCUUCAUAAAAAUGUUGAGGCAUUUCUCCCGUCGUGUUCAAUCUACACAGAAACUUAUGCUGCAUCGUUGUCACAGAUUGUUUUCUCAGCUAUUGCAAAAGCAGCAAAAGAAACUAAUACACUAUUUGGAGAUAGCCCCAUGAAUAUGAACCGGAUCAUCCAAUGGGCUGAAUACGAAAUUGAAACAUUUGCACGCUUGGUCAAAGAAAAUUCUCCUUUGCCUGAGAGUGUUUCUGCCCUUCGCGCUGCUUGUAUAUGCAUCCAAACUAGUCUCUCUCAUUGCUCUUUUCUAGAAUCGUAUGGGCUGAAAUUCUCAAAAUUACUUAUGGUGCUACUGCACCCUUAUAUUGAAGAAGUUCUUGAACUAAAUUUUAGAAGGGUGAGAAGAAAGAUUGUGGAUGCAGCAAGGAAUGAUGAUAUUCUGCUUCUCACCCCUCAAGAAGGAUCACCGCUCUCUGGUGCAGUUGCCCCAAACAUUAUGCUUACAAGCAGUGGGAAGAAGUUCAUGUCCAUUGUCAAUGAUAUUUUGGAUCAAGUCACCCCAAUGACUAUAGUUCACUUUGGUGGAGCAAUCUUGAAUAAAUAUGUCCAGCUUUUUGAUAGAUAUGUACAAACGCUGAUCAAAGUCUUGCCUGGACCUUCUGAAGAUGAUACUCUACUGGAGUCAAAAGAGCCUGUUGAAUUUAAAGCUGAAACUGAUGCGCAGCAACUUACUCUAAUUGGAGCGGCAUACACUAUAGCAGAUGAGUUAUUGCCAGCUGCUGUAUCCAAGUUCUUUGAUAUGCAGACUGAAAAGAAAGGAACUGUUGGAUCAAGUGAAAGCCUUGGCUCUGGGUCCAUAUACUCCAUUGAAUACAAAGAGUGGAAACGUCAUUUGCAACAUUCAUUGGACAAACUGAGGGAUCACUUCUGCCGACAGUAUGUCUUAUCAUUUAUUUACUUGGAAGGGAAGUCACGAUUGGACGCUAGAAUGUACAUGGAGCGGAAGACUGAUGAUCUUUUGUUUGAUGCUGAUCCCUUGCCUUCACUGCCCUUCCAGGCGCUGUUUGGAAGAUUGCAACAGCUAGCUAGUGUUGCUGGUGAUGUUCUCCUGGGAAAAGAUAAGAUACAGAAGGUCUUACUCUCAAGGCUAACUGAAACGGUUGUCAUGUGGCUCUCCAAUGAGCAAGAAUUCUGGGAUGUUUUUGAGGACCGGUCUGUCCAACUCCAGCCUUCAGGGUUGCAGCAGCUUAUUCUUGAUAUGCACUUCAUUGUUGAGAUUGCUGUCUGCGGGCGUUUCCCACACAGACCAGUUCAGCAGCUUGUGUCAACAAUCAUAACCAGAGCGAUCGCUGCUUUCUCAGCAAGGAAUGUUGACCCACAAAGUGCGCUUCCUGAGGAUGAGUGGUUUCUCGAAACUGCCAAGGCUGCAAUUCACAAGCUCAUGUUGGGGACCUCUGGAUCCGAGUCUGAGCCUGAGGCCGAGCAGGAACCUGAACCUGAAGAACAUGUUGCUCUGCAUGAUGAGAUGUCCGAUUCUGAUGAGAGCAUCGCAACUCCAUCAACGUCAGGAUCUGACGAUUCAUUCGCUUCUGCGAACAAUGAUGACCUAGAGAGCCCUGUUUACUUCACUGAUCCUGAAGCUUAGUUGCUGAAACCUUGCACCUGUAGUCCGUAGAUCUGCUCAGCUUUGUUACCGGUUUUAAUAUGUGGUAUACCUAUCGGAGCCUGAAACCCAGAAACACCAUUGCCCUCAAGAGAAAACGGAACCUGGAAACACCAACGGUAAUUAACGGGAUUGUCGUGGUUGUUACCGUA